AUGGAAGUUACAUCGCAAAAUCUUCAACGUAUUCAACAAGAUAUGGGGUCCUUAUCAAUUGGAUCUAUUUGCAAGCAGAACCAACACCCAACUUUCCCGUUAUUAUGCAUGGAAAACAGAUCCGUUUGCCAAAGAGAUGGAUGCUUUUCGGCAAAAGUGGUCCAAAAUGAAACUAUGGUCAAACCCUCCUUGGGUUUUAAUUCCACGGAUACUGGCAAAACUGAUUCGGGAAAAGGCUUCUAUGACUAUUCUGGUUCUGAUAUAGCCAUCAGCCCCAUGGUUCCCAUUAUUAAUGAGCCUAUUAAUAGAUCUACCGAUAUUGAUUUGCUCCAACAAAAUUCUUUGCCCAUCAUUACCUCUCCAAAUACAUCCACUUCGCAAUCCACAGUGGAAACUGCUCGCUUGCAAUAUUUCUGGACUAGGAAUAAAGACAAAGGCUUUUCGGAUAAAACUAUUAACUUACUCUCAUCAUCAGUGGAUAAUAGAUCUUCAAGAACAGUGUCUUCAGCUAUUUGA